AAAAAAAAAACAACUUUAGUUUUAAGUUGCAAUUUGUUGGGAAUUGAAGAUCCUAUGAAACGACAAGUGACGUUUUGGUGAAGGAAAAUUUAAGGCACGAUAGUUCUUAAAGAUGCGUUGCCACGUUCUUUGGAGUAUUUUUAGGAUACCUCUUUAGUCCCUUGGCUCAUUAUAAUGCUUUGUUUUUUCUUAUAUCUACGCCUAAUGAUGUAGUUCAUUAAAUUUCUCACACUCGAUCUUAUGACCCGAAUAUUGAAUCUAAUUAGCUAAUUAACCAGUAAGUUAGUAAACAAAAAUAGUAGGUGAUAAAGCAAUUAUAAUUUCAUACACUUGAUAUAGUUUUUUGAUGAUUGAUUGAAAUUUGAUUUUUGAUCUUAUGACCCCACUGAGCUAGUCAUCUCUUGAGGCAAACGGGAAACACGAAACUGACUUCAAACGGGUCCCGUUCAAAAUUAUCAUCAUCGAAUCUUUUUAGGAAAUCCAAUUGUUUUCUAGUUUAAUAGGUUUACUGUUGAUUUUGAUACCGAACUAUACUUUAACAAUAUUCUAUGAUUUAAAACUAUAUUAAAGUAAACUCAUACAUAUUCAAAAUAAUCUAGAAAUUCGUGCAAAAGAUAUGCCAAGUACAAAAGCGACCCCACGUUUACCUAUAACCGGAUCGUUUGAACACAUUGUAAAGUGUAAUUUUAUUCAGAUCAUUGAUGAAGGCAGUUCACUCAUUUUAUGUUCUGAAACACCUCGUUACACAUCUCCGAGCGAAGUAACGAGUCCUGAAGCCAUUCUCUUUACUGAUAACGCGAUCACAUGAGGAACAGUCGUCACCGCAAAACACCAACAAUUUGGAACUAAAAUAGUCCUUAUGACGUUAGAAUAGAGCUGAUUAUUACAUUUUGUUUUAGGUGCUAUUGUGUGGUGGGUUGUAGGGUAUAUAAUGACAGGAGGAUAUUGGAUCUAGGGGGGCCUCCCGAAAGAUAUCGAUCGAGGUCCCUAACGCACUGCGCAGGGUCCGUACAGCCUCCCUUUAAGGGGAAGGUUGACUCUACAAUUAUAUUUAUAUUUCGGACUAUUGUUUUGCGAAUCAGUUGAUUGAUAAAAGCAGUAUUGUUCUUUUUUAGAUAUUUAAAAAAAAAAUAACAAAAUGGAUAGAGUAGUAAUGGUUGAGUAUAUAAUGCACUGCUAGGAGUAUUUUUUUUCAAAAUUUACUUGCGCUAUACCAUUCUUUUCAAGGGAGAAUAAAAGUUGUAAUUAUUGGAUAGUAAAUACUUUCAGUACCAUUUUAAUUUUUUGUCUGUUUUCUUAAUUAUGUACAGCAUAAUAAAAGAUCAUACACCAAUUACGCAUUUUGGCAAUAUACAAAGCAGUUCUAAGGAUUUGCAAUUCAAAUCAUCAUUUCAGGAAGACAUACAAAAAACAUAACGACACGACAUUUCUUCUAAAUCAUUUAACUCUUGUAUAAUGAGGAAGUAAAAAUUGUAUAUUUAAGCAAAGGUCCUAUUAUUCAUUAUUACUAGCUGUGCUUCGCAGCUUAACCUGAGUUGUGUCUUGUCUAGUUUUGCUAAGCCAAACAGGGAGACAAUUGUUUAAAAAAAUACUCUAUAACCGACUCCAAAAGGUGGAGGGUAUCAAUUCAUCCCCUAUGUGUUUAAGACCUUUGUAAAUAGUGCCGAAAUUUAGCUUAGCAAGCAUUUUUAUUAUUUAAUUAAAUCCAUGUUUAUCUGUAUGUCUUAUGAUUAAUCUAAAUCUGUUUAUUACUUUUUGCGUAAACUUAUGAAAACAUAUUAUAAUAAUUAUCUUCGGGCGGAUUCAUAGUGAUUAUAAAUAAUAACUGUUUUCUCCCGGGCUUUUAAAGGAUAUUCCGGCUAGUUUAAAAAAGGUGCGAAUACUUUGAAUUGAUUACUCGACGAUGAUGUCUGAAACUAGUCGGACUAUCUCGUUAAACCCUUAUUACAUAACUUAUUACAACAAACAUACAAAUAAACUUUCAUUUUUCCCUUAUUUUCCUUUUUUUAAUGAAGGGUAUCAGGAUAAGGUUGCCCUUAACUGUCGUUCUCAGUUGAAUCUGAGCGCUCUUGCAGAGUGAAGUUGUCGCACCAACAAAGUACGUAUAGCGAAUCUAUUAAAAUGUUAUAUUCGAAGGCCCGUGCAUUCAUUCAGUGACGUGGGACGACCCGACCGUUUUAAUUGGAGUGUCAACGGAUAAUGGCAAGGAUGGAGCUUCCAGUGCUAGACAAGUUCUGUUUCAUCUUCGACCUGAGGACAGGAUGUAUCGUCAUGGGAAUUAUCAAUUCAAUCCUGACAUUCAUCCUCUCGGUUCUCCUGAUAACCUUCGCGGUGAACAUCCGCGACCCGACGGAGGCGCAGAUGAAGCGCGAUGACAUCGACUCGGGGAUGUCCUCCGUGGUGUACACCAUCGUGGUGCUGCUGGCUGUGCUGCUGCUCGUCAAGUUCCUGCUCGACCUGGUCUUCGUGUACGCCGUGUAUAAGGAGAAAUGUGGCAUCAUGAAGAAAUACUGCAUCUUCUGGAUCAUAUUCCUGGUGCUCUUCAUCAUCGGCUUCCUGAAGACCCUGUUCCACAUGGAUGCUGGGCAUGUCAUCGCGCAAAUACUCUUCUUGGGUAAGUUUGAUUUAAGCUUGCACUUCUUUCUUCUUCUGCCUUUAGUUCGAACAAAAACUAAAAGAAAAAUAAUUAUCCUAACGGACGUAUGACACGUCAUUAGAUUAGUGACUAUUUAAAUUGUUAUUUGGUGGUCUCCAUUUAAAUAGACGACACACAAAAGGGCACAUAUACUAAGAUUAGAUUUCAACUGAUGUUGUACUGUCGAGAGCCGUUUUAAAUUUGACUGCAAAAUUAAUUGAUUAGCUUUCCAAGAACCGAUAUGACUCAUUCAAUUUAUUUCAAACUUCGUUUUCUUCGUUUUAUUCGUUUGGAAGAUAAAUAAUAAAAUCAGAGAUUAUUAUAAUGAUGACGUGAAGGAAAUAUGUCAAUGAGCAAUAAAUCGUCACGUUUUAAUUUAGUUACAUUACUUUAAAAGGCGUUUAUAAGUU